GUUUACUCAUCCCCAAUAAUGUUCAAACUUUAAGGCCAAUUUAUUCAAUCGUUUUCAAGUUUAAGCUUUUAUUUUGAGGGCUCGUUUGCCUUACUUCCUGUCCCCAUGGGCCUAGUUGUCGCAGGGGCGACGCAGCUCUGACUUGUGUGGAUUUUCAUUUCCUCGAAGUGACGUCGCCGAGCAGUCAAUAGAUCUGAGUAUAAACUGUAGCUGCGUAUGAACAGAGCCGCGGUGUAGACAGGUCCAUCCGCAUGUUUUACACAUCAGUGACAGCCUGCCAGCGGAGGGCGGGGCCAGCACUCAGCUGAGGGCGGGAAUUCCCUUCAGGAGUCACCUUGCACUUUCAAAACGGGAAAGACAAGACUGGAGAUUCCCUAACCUUCUCAGACAGCCAUGUUUGGGUUACAACUAAAUUAUAAUAAUUAAAAUAGAAUGAAUCCUGGUGUAAUAUCUGGCCAUGUUGUGCUAUAAAAACAAAUCAAGGUCGCUUCAGAAUAUUAAUGGAAUACGAUAAGCCUACCAGUUUUUUGCUUUAGUCCAAACUUGUUUACAAAGUGGCCCAUUAAGGCAAAUAUAAAUUAUUACCGCAUUUAUUCGAUUUAUUCAGAUAAUCUAUUGCGGUAUACAAAACGAAUAAUAUUUUUGCAUGCUGUUCAUGUGAGUGUCCAUCAGAUGUCAGUGUUGUCUAAGCAAAAAUCAGCUAAAAAAGAAAUUCACACCGCUGAAAUGUUUGGCUGUGGUGAAACGACCCUGCCUGGGUAGCAGUAAUGUCCUAAAUAAGAUCCUGUGGUCCAGUGUGUCGUGACCUAUGUGCAUUUUGAGGUCUGCUGAGCAGAGCGUCAGAGCUAUAUGUCUAUUUCCAGUAUGGAUCAGCUCACUGAACUUUACUUUGAACUGGGCAUUAAGUGUGCUGAUGGUACUUCUGCUCAAUAGGCAUGCAUGGUUAUGUAAUUAGUGUAAUCUCUCCAGAAGAAAGCAGUAAUGUAAUCUGCAGGAUGCUGUCGGUUUCAGGCGAGGUGUCCAUAAACUAUGCUUAAUGCAUUAACUUGAAGAUCUCCACGAACCUUCCAUUACAAACAGACAUAUGGCUCAGAAGGAAUGGAAGAGGACAAGAAUUGCGAGGUAACCCAAACGUAGUCCUCAAAAGAGUUCUCGCCAUGACCUUUAGGGGGCUCCGUAGAAACCACUUUCCUACUUUAGUGGGACUUCAUCUUGGAUGCUUUCAAAUGCACUAUCCGAAAAAUGGACAUUUCUCAAGAAUUGCAGCCAAAAGCAGAGUUUCUGAGUUCAGUUCGAUGAUGAGCAUGACAUCGUGAGAAAUCUAGCAAUCUUGUGGUUUGCCAGAAUGCUCUAUUAGGCUACUAUUUGUUUAAAUAAUAGGCUAAUAAUUAAAAAAAAACACGUUUUACAAUGUUAAGGACAUUAUCGAUUUGAACAGGUUUCAAAUCUUAACGUUUAUCAACCUUAUUAAUAUCCGACCAACCAAAUGCCUGAGCGUCAUAUCAGUCCAUGAACGCAGCACUCGUGCGCUCUGGUGAAGCUUGUCGCUCCCACAGCAGACAGCUGAGAUGGAAACACUUGGAGCACAGCAGCAGGUUGGAGUAGUUUAAGUUUCUGCAAACUGAUUUGACUGUUGAGUUCUGUGCAGGAGUCUGGAGGUGAGACUCUGCGAGUUUAGUUCAUGAACAAAAGCACGGUGGUCGAAUUUUGUGUAAAACGUUACUUGGCAUGUUUUUAGAGUUUUUGCAGAGCAUCCUCAAGCGUCCAGGUAACCAUCACAUCAGUUUAGACGCAAUUUUUUUUGUUCGCCUUUUCAACUCACUUUUAGCACCUUGGAUGCUGAAGAGACUGACCUCCAGCGUAAAACAGUCCAUUUUGAUCAAACAGGAAAAUCACACUUGUCUGAAGCGAAGCUUGUACCGCUCCUCGGGCUCCUCGGGAUGGUUUCCACGGCUCUCCUCCUCGCAGCGCUCGGCUUUUUUGCGCAUCUGGACACUUUUACGCACGGGUGCCAGCUCCCCUCCGAGUGGCGGCCGCUCAGCGAGGGCUGCCGGGCGGAGCUGGCGGAGAUCAUCGUGUACGCCCGGGUCCUGGCGAUCCACCGGGAGCCCCUGGGCGGCGGGGCGGGCAGCCUGUACAACUCGCUGCCCUUCGGGUUCGGGUAUGGGUACGAGGGCGCGGAGGAAGGGCUGCUGUACUCUGCGGAGGUGGAGUUGCUGUGCGACCAGGCCUGGGGCAGCAUGCUGGAGGUGCCCACUGGAUCAAGACUCAACCUGACCGGACUGGGGUACUUGUCCUGCCAGUCCCACACCGUGAUGGAGAACUACUCCUACUUCUUCUUCCUCAGGAUGGAUGAAAACUACAACAUCCUCCCCCACGGCGUCAACUUCCAGGACGCCAUCUUCCCCGACACGUCCGAGAACAGGCGCACGUUCUCCAGCCUCUUCCAGUUCUCCAACUGCACCCAGGGGAGCCAGCCUUUCCACACCUUCAGCCCCGAGUGGGACACCCAGGAGGACAGCAGGCUGCUGUGUUCCUCGGUGCAGGCCGCGCUGUUCGAGGAGGAGGAGCGAGGCCGCAAGCUGCACGAGCGCCUGGCCGCGGCAGAGAGGAGGAACCGGCAGCUGAAGGAGCGCGUUCGUAAGGUGAAGCGCUCCCUGAGGAAUGCCCGCAAGGCUGCACGCAAGGCCGAACAGGAGGCGCAGGAGCUCCAAGAGAAGCUGAAGGCUGCAGAGCGGAGGGCGGGGCAUCACCUCAAUGCCAUAACACAGGAGGAGCCUCCACCCGGGCGUUAUGCAAGCACGGCGAUACGCCAGCGAGUGCAACUUUAACUAAUCCCACCUGCCCCAAACUGCCACGCACCUGGACUGAAAACAUUGGAGAGCGAGAGACUGCUGGGCGGUCUCCAUGUAAGGGACAAACAAAUAGCAACUGUCACAUCUGCGUAAACACACUUUUAAAGUAAUAAUCUACAUAGUUUUCUUGUAAAUAAAAUACUCUUUCUCUCUUUUGUAUCCCUGAUUGCUAUAAUACAAGAGUGAUGUUCAGGACCAUUCCUGGUCAUGUGAAGAACAAAAGAACAAAAAAAGUUUCUUGAAAGAGAAUCCAACAUUUAUUUUCUAAAUGAUUCCUCUAUCAGGUGGUGCAGUUCUUUAGCUCUGCUGCCUUCUACAACUAGAUUCAGUUGCUGCUCGGUGCUCUUCUCAGGCUGUGAUCACAUAGGAUGUGUUUUUGCUCCAACACAAAGCACAGCUGUGAGCGACAAUAGUAACAGUAACAGCGGGAGGUUAUUGGAGUGCGGUUGAAGAGUGAUGCAUUAUUCUGUUUGCCAUUCAAAUGUUUUUCCCAACCUGAAUGUUUUAAAACAAAAAAACGACCAGUUGUAUAAUAUCUUUUGUGGCUCUGGAGGAGCUUUGUCAAGAAAUCACAAAAAAGUGGUGUCAUUGGGGUUAUCUUGGCUUGGGUUUGGAGAAUCUUUAAUAGAAAUCCUCAUAACACAAAGUGUUACACACUGGGGACAUGAAGUUUGAAAGACAUUAGUGUUUACCAGAUAGGGUAAGGAGGGAGGGUUGAACAGAAGAUGCUAUUGAGUUGCAUUAUGGAGUGCACGAUCCAAUGUUCAAAAGUCAGGAUAUCUCUGCUGCAUCGAUUUUGACCUUUCUUAUUAAAAAAUCUGGCUCUGGCAGGUGGCCCAAAUUUAUAGAAUACUAAAUCACUGGAAUACUGCAUUAACUGAUUUUCUGGCCAUGUGGGGGCAGCAGAAACAAGCCAUAAACACAACACUGACAUUAUCACCUUUUAAGUUUAUAUGGUGAACUUGUCAGCAAAUAAUUUCUUAUUUACACAUCCAGAAGACACGCAGUAACAUUAGCAUUCAUUUGGAGUUGUGUUUCAGGCCACCUGGGGAAUGUAAGUGAGAAGAAUAUCUCUCUCUGUAGCUGCUAAAUGCUCCACUAUGUUCUUGGCUAGUUGCUAACUUUGUCUGUCUGCUGUUUGUUGCUUUGCAGGUAGUGUUCAGUGGGUUUAUUAUAUUUUUUCCAGAAGAAAAUCUACCUGCUACACAUGGAAACAACGUUGAUGAGAGUGAUUAGACUGAAUCAAAACAUUAAAGUUGCAGGCUGAAAAAACCAAAACAAUGAGCUGAAAGAUGCUAAAAUACUCUGAGGGGUACUCCAGAGUUGGGUGGUAAUUCUCUUCGGGUUCAUCACUAUGAGUGACCCACAAUACACAUAAUAAUUUGACCCAUUGUUAGUAUAAAAAAUAUUGAUUAUAGUAGCUUUAAGUAAUUGAAAGACUGGUACUGGCAUUUAUAAUCUUUUAGUUUUUGCAGCUUUUUGAGACACAUAUUGUAUGACAAUCUGCAACUAAAUAAACUUAAAAGAAAAGACACAUUCAGAACGGCCUUAUAUGUAAUCACAGCCUAGUGAAGCAAUGAUAAGAGACAUUACAUUUAAUAUUAAUGAUGUUGUGAUUUAUCGACUUCUUCUUUAAGUGAAAUUGUGAGCAGAGAGUGUUGUAACUGAGAAUGAGAAUUCUGGGAUGUUUGAGAAGGUUCAUUUAUUAUUAAUUUGAGUUUUUUUUACAGUCUGGAAUAUCAGCUUGUAUGUGGAUAUUUUUGUUUGAAUGUUUUUUCUGCACAUAAAAGUUGAUUUGGAUGAA